GCCGCGCCGAGCUCUCCAGCUGAUAGGAAUGGAGACUUUCCUAUUCACCUCUGAGUCCGUGAACGAGGGACACCCGGACAAGCUCUGCGACCAGAUCUCCGAUGCGGUCCUCGAUGCUUGCUUGGCGCAGGACCCCGACAGCAAGGUUGCUUGCGAGACCUGCACCAAGACCAACAUGGUCAUGGUGUUUGGAGAGAUCACCACUAAGGCCAAUGUCGACUACGAGAAGAUCGUGCGCGACACCUGCAGGGGCAUUGGAUUUGUGUCGGAUGAUGUGGGCCUUGAUGCUGAUAACUGCAAGGUCCUCGUUAACAUUGAGCAGCAGAGUCCCGAUAUCGCUCAGGGUGUCCAUGGCCAUCUCACCAAGCGGCCGGAGGAGAUUGGUGCUGGUGAUCAGGGACACAUGUUCGGCUAUGCCACUGAUGAGACGCCCGAGCUGAUGCCUCUGAGCCACGUGCUUGCUACCAAGCUUGGCGCCCGCCUCACUGAUGUCCGCAAGGAUGGCACUUGCCCGUGGUUGAGGCCGGAUGGGAAGACCCAAGUCACUGUUGAGUACUACAAUGAGAAUGGGGCCAUGGUCCCUGUUCGCGUCCACACCGUCCUCAUCUCCACUCAGCAUGAUGAGACUGUCACCAACGAUGAGAUUGCUGCCGAUCUCAAGGAACAUGUCAUCAAGCCUGUGAUCCCGGAGAAGUAUCUGGAUGAGAAGACCAUCUUCCACCUGAACCCAUCAGGCCGUUUCGUGAUUGGUGGUCCCCAUGGCGAUGCCGGUCUCACAGGCCGUAAGAUCAUCAUUGACACUUACGGUGGGUGGGGUGCUCAUGGUGGUGGUGCUUUCUCCGGGAAAGACCCGACCAAGGUGGAUCGCAGCGGGGCCUACAUCGUUAGGCAGGCUGCCAAGAGCAUUGUUGCCAGUGGGCUUGCGAGGAGGUGCAUCGUUCAGGUUUCCUAUGCCAUUGGUGUUCCUGAACCCCUGUCCGUCUUUGUCGACACAUACGGUACCGGGAAGAUCCCCGACAAGGAGAUCCUGGAGAUCGUGAAGGAGAACUUUGACUUCAGGCCAGGCAUGAUUGCCAUCAACCUGGAUCUCAAGAGGGGCGGCAAUGGCAGGUUCUUGAAGACUGCUGCCUAUGGACAUUUCGGGAGGGACGACGCCGACUUCACAUGGGAAGUGGUGAAGCCCCUCAAGUGGGAAAAGCCCCAAGCUUGAAUCAGUAUUUCUCCACCAGUUACUGUUCGCUGUCUGCGCUUGAAUUUUUUUUUUUUUUUGGGGUUUUCGAUUUCUCUUUCUCUGCCGCCAUGCGAUGGUUGUUUUGUUUCAGUGCAAGACCGUCUGGUCCCUAGAUAUGGUAGGUCAUAUUCUUUAGGAAAAGCAUAAGUUUGAUUCAGUCGCUAGUGCUGUAAGAGAUCACGCAUUGCCGAGGUGAUUAUCGGGCCGCGAAGAUGAUAUCUAG